ACUAACCAAAAACAGAACACUUACGAAAAUUCUUAUACUGCCUGCCAAUCUUCUUAUUCUCUAAAUGGAUUGGACCAGAGGGCAUCCCAUAGGCCACGGCUCUUCUGCCGCCGUCUCCGUCGCCAAGGCACGUUGCUCCGAUGAUGUUUUCGCCGUCAAGUCAGUGGAGUUAUCCCAGUCGCAGUUGUUACAAAAAGAGCAGACAAUUCUGUCCGAGUUGAGCUCCCCUUUCAUAGUUAGCUACAAGGGAUACGAUGUUACAAGAGAGAACAAUACGGUCAUGUUUAAUCUUAUGAUGGAGUACAUGUCUGACGGUACACUUACUGAUGAAAUCCGGAAACAGGGUGGUCAGAUCAACGAGUCGUUAAUCGGGUAUUAUACCAAGCAAAUUCUGCAAGGAGUAGAGUACCUACAUUCAAGAGGCGUAGUACACUGUGACAUUAAGGGACACAACAUUUUGUCAGGUAAAACCGGUGCCAAAAUUGCAGACUUUGGUUGUGCUAGGCGGGUUGAUCAGGCGGAGAGGGACGCUGCUGCAUCCGCCCAGCCAAUUGGCGGCACGCCGAUGUUUAUGGCACCGGAGGUGGCGCGUGGGGAAGAACAGGGGUUUGCAGCUGAUAUAUGGGGAUUA